AUGGCUGUGGCUGAUGACAAAGGGGACCAGUUUUUACAGACCAUGGUGCCAAUGCUUUCUCAGAAUGGCAUCUGUUCGGCCUUCAUAGAAAGAAUACCAAAACGGGCAUAUUUUGAUGAGUUGAUCGACUUGAUGAUAAAGCGCUGGGAAAAUUAUGUAAUCGUCAGUGACAGAAAAGCCAGUGUAUUAUUUGUAUAUGGAGAACCACCAUCUUUUCAGAUUUUGAGAGUCUUACUGUUUCUAGCACCUUUCUUGUCACUUCCACCUCUGUGUAAAGUAUGGAUUAUUACAUCCCACUGGGAUUUUGCAUCACUGUCUGUUCAGAAGAUCUGGGAUAUACAAACUUUCCAUGGUUCCAUAUCACUCACAGUUCACUCAAAACAGCCCCAAGGAUUCCAAAAGUUUAUUCAGAUGAUUAGACCUUCCUGGGUUAAAGGAGAUGGUUUUGUCCAGGACUUCUGGGAACAGGCAUUCAGCUGUUCAUUAAAAGUGUACAACGGACCAGAAGAGAGAAAGAAAGUAUGCACUGGAGAAGAGAAACUGGAGAGCCUUUCUGGAAUUUUGUUUGAAGGGAAGAUGACUGGUCACAGCUACAAUGUCUACAAUGCUGUCUAUGCUGUGGCACAUGCUUUAAAUAAAAUCAGUUCCCAACAUCGAAGGUUCAGAGGGUGUCUGAAGCUUCAGGAUGUGCAACCAUGGCAGUUCCAUCACAUUCUAAGGAGGAUUGCAUUCAACAACAGUGAAGGAGAUACUGUGUCUUUUGAUGGAAAUGGCGAAUUAGUUACAGGUUUUGAUAUUACAAACUGGCUGAUGUUCCCCAAUGGCUCCGUGGUUCGAGUGAAAGUUGGAAGGCUGGAACCUCAGGCACCUCAAGGCAAACAGUUAGCUAUUAAUGAUGAUCAAAUUGUGUGGCAUCAAAGCUUUAACCAGGUGCUGCCACUUUCUGUUUGCAAUGAGAACUGCUACCCAGGCUAUAGCAGAAAAAAGAAGGAGGGGGAGAAAUUUUGCUGCUAUGAUUGUGCUCCGUGUCCAGAAGGAAUGAUAUCUAACCAGAAGGACAUGGAUGCUUGUGUCAAUUGUCCCGGAGAUCAGUAUCCCAACAAAGACCAAACUCAGUGCAUUCCCAAAAUCAUAAGCUACCUCUCUUACAGAGAAGAUUUAGCAAUCACCUUAACUAGCUUGGCUAUUGUUUUCUCUUUUGUCACAAUUGUAGUACUUGGAAUUUUUAUGAUACACAAGGACACUCCCAUUGUCAAAGCUAACAACCGGACUCUCACCUACAUCCUCCUCGUCUCCCUUCUCCUUUGCUUCCUCUGCUCCUUGCUCUUCAUUGGACAACCUGGAAAGACAACCUGCCUUCUACGUCAAACCACUUUUGGCAUCAUAUUCUCUGUGGCCCUUUCUUCUGUGUUGGCAAAGACCAUCACUGUGGUUGUGGCAUUUAUGGGAACAAAACCAGGAUCCAGGAUGAGGAAAUGGGUGGGGAAAAGACUGGCAAAUUCUAUUGUUUUCUCCUGCUCUUUUAUUCAGGCUGCCAUUUGUACUCUUUGGUUAAGUUCUACUCCUCCAUUCCCAGGUAGAGACAUGCAUUCAGUGAAAGGUGAAAUCAUACUGGAAUGUAAGGAGGGUUCAGUUUCCAUGCUUUAUUGUGUCUUGGGCUAUAUGGGUUUCCUAGCCAUUGUCAGCCUCAUUGUGGCUUUCCUAGCCAGGAAGCUGCCAGACAGUUUCAAUGAAACCAAAUUUAUCACUUUCAGCAUGUUGGUGUUUUGUAGUGUUUGGUUAUCAUUUGUUCCAACCUACCUCAGCACCAAAGGAAAGUACAUGGUGGCUGUGGAGAUCUUCUCCAUCUUAUCAUCCAGUGCUGGAUUAUUGGUUUGUAUCUUUUCCCCUAAAUGCUAUGUCAUUGUACUCAGGCCCGAUCUUAACACUACACAAAUGGUCGAGUUCAGAAACAGCUUUCAGUACUUUUUGAAAAUAUUGAAGAAAGCCAUGGUUUUUUGCCAUACAAUUCUCACAGAGAGCAACACUGUUGAACAGAACUGUAACUCUGCUUACAGUUCAGUGCCUAAGAACUACCAGCACAUUCUGGCCUUAGCAUUUGCUGUCAAAGAGAUAAAUGAGAAUCCCAACAUCUUAUCAAAUAUAUCUCUGGGGUUCCACAUCCUCAAUAGCUACUUCACUGCAAGGAUGACCUACAAAGCCACUCUUAGCCUCUUUUCUACACAACCUGACUUAUGGAACACUUUUGCCAUCAUGGGAUGA